GCUGGUCUGGCCUCAUGCCUGGGACGUUAGCCCAAGGACGAGGAGACCUAUAAAGCUAGGCCCGGUUCUCAGUCUCACACCUGCCACAAUGAUGCUGCUCAGCCUGACCCUCACUGUGAUCCUGCUUGGCUCCUCCUGGGGCUGCGGCAUUCCUGCCAUCAAACCGGCACUGAACUUCAACCAGAGAAUUGUCAACGGGGAAAACGCAGUGCCAGGCUCCUGGCCCUGGCAGGUGUCCCUGCAGGACAGUAGCGGCUUCCACUUCUGUGGUGGUUCCCUCAUUAGCCAGUCCUGGGUGGUCACUGCUGCCCACUGCAAUGUCGUCCCUGGCCGUCACUUUGUCGUCCUGGGCGAGUAUGACAGGUCAUCCAACGCCGAGCCUGUGCAGGUUCUGUCCAUCUCGCGGGCCAUCACGCAUCCGUACUGGAACCCCAACACCUUCAACAAUGACGUGACACUACUGAAGCUCGCCUCCCCAGCCAAGUACACAACACGGAUCUCCCCGGUUUGUCUGGCUUCCUCGAAUGAGGCGCUGCCCUCAGGCCUCACCUGUGUCACCACUGGCUGGGGCCGCCUCAGCGGCAUAGGCAAUGUGACUCCAGCACGCCUACAGCAGGUGGCCCUGCCCCUGGUCACUGUGCAACAGUGCCGGCAGUAUUGGGGCUCACGUGUCACCGAUGUCAUGAUCUGUGCUGGUGGCUCAGGGGCCUCCUCAUGUCAGGGUGACUCUGGAGGACCCCUUGUCUGCCAGAAGGGAAAUGUGUGGGUACUGAUAGGCAUUGUCUCCUGGGGCACCAGCAACUGCAAUGUGCGAGCACCUGCCAUGUACACUCGGGUUAGCAAGUUCAGCACCUGGAUCAACCAGGUCACAGCCCAAGGCUGAGCCUACCCACAGGCCC